AGGGGGCGUGGCCCGACUCCGGACCGGAAGCGGGAGGCUGCAGGGGCGGGCCGGUGCUGUCCCCUUUCCGGCCGGUCCCCAUGGAGGCGCUGGGGAAGCUGAAGCAGUUCGAUGCCUAUCCCAAGACUCUGGAGGACUUCCGGGUCAAGACCUGCGGGGGCGCCACGGUGACCAUUGUCAGUGGCCUUCUCAUGCUAUUACUGUUUCUGUCCGAGCUGCAGUAUUACCUCACCACGGAGGUGCACCCGGAGCUCUACGUGGACAAGUCACGGGGAGACAAAUUGAAGAUCAACAUCGACGUGCUUUUCCCGCACAUGCCUUGUGCCUAUCUGAGCAUCGAUGCCAUGGAUGUGGCUGGGGAGCAGCAGCUGGACGUGGAACACAACCUGUUCAAGAAACGACUGGACAAGGAUGGCGUCCCCGUGAGCUCUGAGGCCGAGCGGCAUGAACUCGGCAAGGUCGAGGUGACGGUGUUCAACCCGGACUCCCUGGACCCUGACCGCUGUGAGAGCUGCUAUGGUGCCGAGUCGGAAGACAUCAAGUGCUGCAACACGUGUGAAGAUGUGCGGGAGGCGUAUCGCCGUCGAGGCUGGGCCUUCAAGAACCCAGACACAAUUGAGCAGUGCCGGAGAGAGGGCUUCAGCCAGAAGAUGCAGGAGCAGAAGAAUGAAGGCUGCCAGGUGUACGGCUUCUUGGAAGUCAACAAGGUGGCUGGGAACUUCCACUUUGCCCCUGGGAAGAGCUUCCAGCAGUCCCAUGUACACGUACACGCCGUGGAGAUCCAUGACCUUCAGAGCUUCGGCCUCGACAACAUCAACAUGACCCACUACAUCCAGCACCUGUCGUUCGGCGAGGACUACCCGGGCAUUGUGAACCCCCUGGACCACACCAAUGUCACAGCGCCGCAAGCCUCCAUGAUGUUCCAGUAUUUUGUGAAGGUCGUCCCCACUGUGUACAUGAAGGUGGACGGAGAGGUGCUCAGGACAAAUCAGUUCUCUGUGACCAGACAUGAGAAGGUCGCCAACGGGCUGCUGGGCGACCAGGGACUUCCCGGAGUCUUUGUACUGUACGAGCUCUCGCCCAUGAUGGUGAAGCUGACAGAGAAGCACAGGUCGUUCACCCACUUCCUGACGGGCGUGUGCGCCAUCAUUGGGGGCAUGUUCACAGUGGCUGGACUUAUUGAUUCACUCAUCUACCACUCGGCACGAGCCAUCCAGAAGAAAAUCGACCUAGGCAAGACGACGUAGUCACCCCUCCCCUCGGUCGGUCCUGCUCGCCUGUUGCUCUCCGGCCUGUGGUUGUACCCCCAGCCUCCUCCAUCACACCCCUCACUUCCUCGGAGACUCAGUCCCACCCCAGGUUGAUAAACCUAUGGAUUGUGAUAGUA